CAUAUUUGCCUAAUGCAGCGUUCAUGCUGACAUUUAAAAGCACAUUUAUCAAUUUCGAAUAUUGGUUUUUCGAAGAGUGUUCACGGUGCCGCAUUUAGUUAAUGUUCUGUCUGUUCUUGUACAAAAACGUGCAAGUAGUCAUUUGGGAGUACAUCCACUUGGAACUUCCUACUAACGAAAGAACCUGUGCGAGGCAAGAGAAUCGAGCUAGCACGUUUUGGGAAGUCGAGUUUCAAUGCUGCGGAAAUGAUUUCUUCAAGCAAAACUUUAGAUUGAAAAGACGGGCUUUCCAGAAAUUGUGUAGCUUUCUGGAUCACAUUAAAAAGAAAAAAACCAACUUCCAGAAUUCUAUAUGCUUGGGAAACGGGACCAUUGAAGAGUGUGUUGAUGGUUUUAAAAGCAUUGGAUUCCCUCAAUGUUUGGGAGCGCUUGAUGGAUGCCACAUAGAAAUUCGACCUAGAACGGAAGAAGCAGUAGAUUAUAUCAACUAUAAAGGAUGGUAUUCGACAGUUUUACUAGCUCUUGUUGACGCAAGAUAUCGUUUUCUGUAUAUAAACGUUGGCAGUCCCGGACGAUGCAAUGAUUCCAAAAUCUUUGAAAAGUCCAGCUUAAAGAGAGAGCUAGAUAAAUGUUCGCUUCUGAACUCAAUGAGCACAAAAUUAGGAAACUUUGAUAUACCAGUUGUCAUUCUUGGAGACUCCGCUUUUCGUUUUUUUAAAUAUCUAAUGAAACCUUUUCCAUUCAGUUUGGAUAAAACACCAGCGCAAAAAACUUUCAAUUAUCAACUUUCGAAAUCACGUAGUCGUUGAAAAUGCUUUUGGACAACUGAAAGUA